UGAUUGGUGAGCUAAAUGUCACGUGAGACAAUAACAAGGACUGCACUCCGUUGUCAAAUAUCGUUCAAUUCGUUUAUGAAUUAGCGCAAUCAAAAUUUUGUAUCUUAACCUGCAAAAACGUCUAUCAAUACUUUGCGACGCAAAUCAUCUGAAUAAAUGAGUUUUCGCGCUUUGUGGAUUAUUACUCACGAGAAAGGCGAAAAUGCUACUGUUCGCUUCUCAAGGAGGUUUGCCACUGUGGAGCACCGAGCAAAGAGGCUAGGGGGCUCCUUGUAUGUAGCGGUUCCGGAGGAUAGCUCCGUCCUCAGACUCCUGCUCACCGAGCUCGGCCUCUCAGAUCCGCAUAAACCAUUCGUCCUUCUCCGAGAUGAUUGUCGUCGCUGUCCGAAGACCCCCGCUUAUGAGCUGCGCGUCGGUCCUGGCCAGGAAACGCUCUGGCCAGUGGUUGUCAUCACUCAUGGACCUGUCAUCGUAGCUUGUCUGGGUCUCGUGGACGUUCCACUAGAGCCCCGGCCACCUAUGGCCAACUUGCUGUGCGUCUCACAGGGCAUCACAUUCCUAAUUGGAUUACAGAAUUUUCUCGUGGGCUCAGGGGGGAAACUUGAUAAUGAGGUGAUGGCCUCUCGCCUGGCAAUGCUUCCCUCUGUGCUCCUGCAGGUCUGCCCUUUGGGAACACCUCUCGAUGUGCCCUCUGUCAGGGUACCCGCCACAUCUUCUGUGUCAGCUCCUGCUGGCAGCCAGAAACACCCAGCCUGGAAGACAGGCUUCCACCGGGGACGUGCUGUAGUUAAUGCAGCACUGACAGAAACCGUGCGCUCCAUGCAAUACGGUGACCCAAGUAAACAGGAUACGUGGGACGUGUACGGCACUGUGAUGUGCAAAUGCGAAGUGGAAGGAGUUCUCCCAGAUGUGACGUUAACGCUCACUCUGCCACCCAAUGGAUCACCGCUGCAGGAUAUCCUGGUGCAUCAUUGCGUUACGUCAUUGGAUUCCAGUAUCUUGACUGCGUGUAGUGUCGAUAACUAUGACGGCUCAUCCUUCUCUGGACCGUACAAGUUUCCCUUCACUCCUCCCCUGGAGCCCUUCCGACUGUGCGGCUACACAUCACAGGUGCCUGUCCCCCCAAUCCUUGGGUCAUAUCAGUUAAAGGAAGAGGACAAAUUACUCCUUGUGUCUGCCACCCUUAAACUCCAUGAGAGUGUGAAGAAUAGUUUUGAGUACUGUGAAGCACACCUACCUUUUUUCAACAGGCCACAGAUGACCUUUGUGGAUGUUAAAGUGAGCUCUGGACAUGUAGAUGUCUCCAAGGAGAAGAACCUGCUGGCAUGGGUGCUUGGACAAAAGUUCCCUAAAUCUCGUGAAGUUACAAUGGAAGGCAGGAUCAGCUUUUCAGGGCCAGCAGCAGGACCUACGGAUCCUGUUUGUACAGAACUAACAGCCUACAUCAAAUUGUACUUCAAAGUGCCUGACACGACACUCUCUGGAUGCUGCGUGGACCAAAACUCAGUACAGGUGUAUUCUUCAACCAAACCAAAAAUAACAACAUCUCGGGAACUUAAAUCAAAGGACUAUUACAUAUGGAAUUCAACAAGUCCUGCACCCAUAUGCCAAAUGUCGCUGUAACUUGGAUGCAAAUCAAACGAGCCCAUUGUGGGAAUAAGGGCCACCCCUCGCUCUGACACGCCCACUUCAGUGACUCUCCAUCAGCCGGAUAAUUAGCAGCUGGGCCCUUGUCAUCAGCUGUUGUAGGCCUGAAGAAGCAGUGAAAAGCUUGACUGCCUUGAACAUUGCCUUGCCGACAAAAGGCUACUCUUUAGAGCUGGCAGGGGUCCUUGCACCGGCCCCCGCCACUUUUGACCCCCGUACCCGCGCUGUCAACUAGUGAGUAGUUCAAACAAACAACCUCUCCAUCCAGGCUGUGAUUGAGCGCUGACCCUGUGGCCCUUCCGAGACAUUAAAGCAGCGGGUAACAUUCAGCUGGCGGGACCUGGCUAAUUGGUGAAAGAGUCACAAGGAUGGAUGAGAUUUGGCUUUCUAUUGAUGUUAUGUAGGUCAGGAGUGUCAAAUGUAUGGCCCGCUAGACGGGCUGUUCUGCCUGACAGGCAUGUUGUGGCUCAUUCAUACUAUACAUUAACAUGGCAAGCAAUAUUGAUCGUUCCAAAUAAACAUUAGGCAUGUGCCGAUUACCAGUUUCAAGGAGUACCUUGGUGUGAAAAUGUCAGGUUUAAAAAAAGCAAAAAAUUUCCGUCAUACCGUCCGUAAGGUAUUAGCUAUUUUUUUAUGUCCCAAAAAUGCAGGGAGAAAUCCCCCGCUUGCAGUUGCAAGGCUCAACCCUUCCCCCACCGGUUGUUGCUCAGUGUCAGUGAGUCAGCUGUGCUACACGAUGGAUGAGGUGAAAUUCCAGAACUUUUUCCCCCCCAUCGAAAAGAACGAAAUCGCUGGUAUGGGAAUACAUCGGCUACAGAAAAGUUGCAGACGGCCGGGGCGUAGAGGAGGAAGACCAACUGACAUGUAAAACAUGUUUGCGGACCUCCAAAAUGAUUUCACAUUUAUACUAGGGCUGUCAAAUUUAUCGCAUUAAAACGGGCGGUAAAUAAUUUUUUAAAUUAAUCACGUUGUUGACGAAAUUAAUGCAUGUACGGAAUGACCCGUUCAUGCGUUGCCUCAAACAGUUUACAAUGACGCCGUUUUAGCAUAUUGAAAGCGAAAAGGCAGCGAAAUACGAGUGGACACAGGCGUUCAUUGGACCGCGCCUUUUAUUGGAUUAAGCUUUGGCAGGCUCUACCAUUGUAAUGGUUGCCCAACCUCCCCAUCAUGCAUUUGGGCAGAGCAAGACACGUUCUUUUUCCUAACACGCCUAAUUGAACACAACGCAGCACAUACUGGAUACCAUUUGCAGCCACCAAUGACGGUCAUGGUUGCCCAACAUCCCAUCAUGCAUUUGGGUAGAGCAGGAGAUGAUCUUUUUCUUAACACGCCUAAUUGAACACAACGCAGAACAUACUGUAUACCAUUUGCAGCCACCACUGACAGUCAUGGUUGCCCAUGCCCAUCUUCCCAUCAUUUGGGCGGAACAGAUAAGUCGCUACAGUAUCAUUUAGUGAAAGCAAAACAAAAAUAAUAUUCCUAUCUCUCAAAAAAAUAAUGUUCACUAAAAGAAAAGCGCUCAAUGCAAAGAACUGGCAUUCCGAAUCAAAAUAGUGAUGCAAAAUACACAUAAAACUUACUCAGACUUUGCCUUGGCUAGAUCUCCAAUCAAUUUCAAACUCGCCAUUGACACAUUGUGGUGUAUUUCAGUCACUACCUUACGUAGUUAAAGACACUGUGGAACAAUGGCGAGCUAUUAGUUAAUUUUUUUUAUUGAAAAUUUUACAAAUUUUAUUAAAACGAAAACAUUAAGAGGGGUUUUAAUAUACAAUUACUAUAAUAAACAAAUACAGUACUUAUGUACAGUAUGUUGAAUGUUUAUGUCUGUCUUGUCUUAUCUUUCCAUUCCAACAAUAAUUAACAGAAAAAUACGGCAUAUUUUAGAGAUGGUUUGAAUUGUGAUUAAUUACGAUUAAUUUUUAAGCUGUGAUUAACUCGAUUAAAAAUUUUUUCGUUUGACAGCCCUAAUUUAUUCAAAAUUAAAGGUUAGUAAACACUAGCCACGUUUACAUGCUGACUUUUAUUCAUACCGAUUCAAAUCAUUCCGAAUGGAAAUUUCACAUCAGCUGUUUACAUGUCACUUCAUCUAUUCCGAUCCAGCUUUUACAUGUGACUGCCUUUAUUCCGAAAGGACGUUUGACAACUGCCGUCUGACAUGUGCAGAUUAAUCAAAACAAAGCGUCACGUUGCAAAACGUGGAGAUCGAUCGUCAGAUCAGCUGCUGUUUUAACUUUUCGAGUGGAAACAAAACUUCAGAAUGAUACGCCGUUCAUUUAAAAAGUUGUGUGUGUGGGUGCGCUGUGCGUUUGCUUGGAAGCCAUGUUGCAAGUGACGUUACUUACGUCACCGAGUGACGUCACCACGUCAGUACGGAGCAUGCGCAGAAAGAACGCAACCAGACACCAUUCCGCUUCCCUGUUUACAUGAUAUAAUUUUACUUCUAAUCGGUUUGGGAAAAGGAAUAUUCCACCCCUGUGAAUCAGAAUGAAAUUCCAUUCGGUUUGGGCCUGUUCAUUCCGAAUGAGGUGUUUAUAUGGAACACAUUUAUUCGGUUUGAACAAAUAUUCCGAUUGUAAUUGGAAUAUUUGGCUCCAUGUAAACGUGGCAACUGUCAUGAAUGUUUACCACCAGCUACGAAAGUUAACCCCAGCGUUUUAGUGUGUCUGGCGGUGGUAAAAUUUGUUAUUUUUUUUCUCUCUGGCAAGUGUCAGUGUUGAGAAAGUGUGUGUACAAUGUAAACUUGAUAUGAGUCAUACACACUUGCUUUUUAUGGAAAAUAAUUCAAUUAAUUUUGUUCUGAUGGUGUUAAUGUUGAGCUAAGGCUGUGGGUUUACGCUUACCUAAUGGACUGCAUUUUUUUUAAAAUUUAGAAUAUUUCAGUUGUUUUUUUAACUUAACAUUUUACUUUCCAAUUUACUAAUGUUUUGAAAAAAUCAUGAUCAGUGGAAAAAAGUUUUUUUUUUUAAUUUUAAUUUUUAUCCGUUUAACUCAGAUAUGUCAAAGUAAAACAUUUUAGAACUCUUCGUCAAACCCUUUCUUUCAUCCCAUGCAAUAGUAGGUAGUUUUAUUUACCUGACAUGUUUCGGCGGGCACUUGCGCCUUCGUCAGAGAGUCACUGAUGUUGGUGUGACGCGUCUUUAUCAGCUGAUGGAUGAAGGCGUUUUAGAACUCUAAUUGCAAUACAAUGAAACCAUGAUAUUUUGGCUUAAGGUUAUCAUACCAUCAGAAUCUCAUACCGGCACAUGCCUAAUAUAAAUACAGUGCCUUGCAAAAGUAUUCGGCCCCCUUGAACCUUGCAAACUUUCGCCAC